GGGCUGACGUGGAGGAACGACAUGGCCAGCUCAUCGGAAGCGGAGACGACGCUGCUCUGUGCAGUGAUGGCUAUGGCGACGGCCUCGUACUUGGGAGUGGUGGGAGAACGAGGGUGGCCGGAGAUGGUGGCUUUGAGCUUCCUGUCCCUGUCAGCGUAUAUGGCGCAGCGGCUCCUUGAUCACGGGUGCAAGGACGGAUAUUGUCAUUACUACAAGUUAAGGCAAAGGCCAGUGGGCUCCUCGGGGCUUCUCGUUGGAAGCGUUACCUUGCCUCUUGCGUUCGUUGGGCUGUCCAUCGUCGAUCACAGAGCUGCUAAUGCACAUCAUCUACCGAUUUCAAUCUCAGAAUCUGCCUCCCAGUUCAACCUCUGGGCUGCGCUCGUGUGCGGAGAGGGGAUUAUCAUAACUUUUCUGCUACUGAACUGGCUAGAUUCACGAAAGGCGAGAGAUCAAGCAAGGAAGGACUUUGAUUACAGCAGGACCACACCUUUGAGUUUGCACUUUGCUGGGUGCAUUCUUUCUACAUGUGCAGCUUGCGGUAUAACGUGCUGGACAGGGAAUUGGCAAGAACAGGGAGGAUCAGUGGCCAUGACUUUCUGGUUGAUGCUUUGCUCCUGCUUAUGUGGAAGAAUCUUUGAUUUUCUGUUAACAAAGUUUCCGCUGACUGCCACUGCUGGAGAGGCGCUGCUGGUAGCUCAAGGGAUGAGCUUAUACCUUUUGGAUGCUCUUCUGAGAACAUUGGGCUCGGUGUUCCCAGCUGUCAUCCCGAAGGUCCCAUCACAUUAUAGUCAGCUUGGUCACUGUGAUGAAACACAUGUCAUCAUGCAGGUGGCAGUAAUUGGGGUGCUUGCCGUGGCGUGGAUAUCAUCAUCGAUGCAUUCGUGGAUCGAGCUCGUGUCUUUCUCCUCUGCAGUAUCGACUCCCCAUACUGGAUCUAUUGUGCAUGGGGAUUCGUCAUCUUCCUCUCAUUGCUGCUCAACUUUGCAACUUCGUUUUGCAAGUGCCUCCUUGCCAUGCUGCGAAAAUAUCCGUUGCGAUCUUACGGAAGGUGAGGGCGAUGGCUGUGACAAGGGACCGAAGACAAUCAGGACUGAUGCGAUGCCAUUUGGUCAAGCGAUGGCGUUGUAUGCAAGUCUUGUGGUCGUUGUGUUAGCUGCGGCCCCGUCUUGGCUGCAGCUAGUGUGCAGCUGGAGGGCUCAUCCUUUCAUAUGGAUUUUACAGUUUGUCUUCAGGGACUCCCUGGCGAGACCGAUUCUGUGUGUUUUCUGGAUCAUGUGCAUACUUGGUUCUGUGUGCGUGCUUUCGCGAUUGGCAAAAAGAAGCCAGAUACCGCGGAUUCUCCUUCGCAAAGGCUUUCACGCUGUGGCGACGCUGAUGUUUGUGCCUGCUCUCUUACUGGAGCGGGACUUUCUGUCACUGGCAUUUGGCAUUGCUCUGGCAGCUUUUCUUCUUGUUGAAAUUCUAAGGGUGCAACGAAUACCUCCCUGUGGAGACGCCAUUCACAGCUUCUACAUCUUCUUCACUGAUUCCAGGGACUCAGGACCUUUGAUCAUCAGCCACAUCUCUCUGUUAAUGGGGUGCGCACUGCCAGUGUGGAUGUCCUCGUCACCGUCUUUCGAUGAACAGAUGCCCCUGGCACCCUUUGCUGGAGUUCUCGCCAUUGGCGUAGGUGACACAAUGGCAUCGCUGGUCGGGUUCUGCUAUGGGCGCAUCCUGAUCUUCAAUGAUGGCAAGAAAACUGUUGAAGGAACAAUAGCAGGGAUACUGUCUACGUUGCUGGGCUGUGCGCUUUUGACUCUAUGGACACCCCAAGAUAGCACUCUGAAGGUACUCCUCACGGAUUACCUUAGAUGUCUGCCUUCAGAGGUAAGGACAAAGCUGGUAGAUGAGGCUUGUGUCGAUCAUCACAACUUCGCCUCUUUCAGCAAGAAAGCCUUAGACAUAGAGGCAAAGUUGGGAUCCGCGCAUCAGAGUCAGGGCGAUGGUAGGAAGAAGAGGCUACCCCAAGACUGGAAGAAGAAAGGUCAACUAAUGUUCGUCGACCACGAUGGUCAGGCGACAGAAAUUGACGACUUCCCAGACCUUGGGGAGGAGACAGAGCAUGAUGGGGCUAGCGUCGUAGAAAGGGAGGUUGUCCAUGUAAUAGAGGUUGUCCCAGGUAGUAAGGUGCCUAGAGGACGAAUCUAUAGGAUGUCUCCUGCGGAGUUAGAUGAGCUCCGCCGCCAACUCAAGGAGCUCACAGAGAAGGGAUGGAUUCGGCCUUGUACCUCCCCUUACGACGCUCCAGUCUUAUUCGUACCGAAGAAGGGAGGUACCUUGAGGAUGUGCAUUGACUAUAGGGGCCUCAAUGCCAUCGCUGUUAAGAACGUGGAGCCCCUACCCCGCAUCGACGACCUCUUGGAUAAAGUGCAGGGAUGCCGGUACUUCACCAAGAUAGAUCUAAAGUUCGGAUACCAUCAAAUUGCCAUGAGGCCUGAGGAUCAGCACAAAACUGCAUUUCAGACCAGGUAUGGUCUGUACGAGUUUGUGGUGAUGCCCUUUGGACUAUGCAAUGCACCUGGUACGUUCCAGCACGCGAUGAACAGGAUUUUUCAUGACUUCUUAGACAAGUUUAUCGUUGUGUACCUCGACGAUAUUCUCAUCUUUAGUAGGACUGUAGAGGAGCACGCUGAGCACUUGAAAACAGUGCUACGUCUACUAAGACAACACCAGUACAAGGUUAACUUGGAGAAAUGCGAGUUUGGUCGCACCAAGAUCUUGUACUUGGGUCAUGAAAUCUCAGCAGAUGGACUGAGGCCGGAUGAUGCCAAGGUGGCCAGCAUACGUGACUGGCCCAGACCUCAGACUGUUACUGAGGUCAGAUCGUUUUUGGGGAUGACGGACUACUAUCGUCCGUUUGUAAAGAACUAUAGUACUAUAGCUUCCCCAUUGACGGAUCUAACUCGAUUGGACACCCCUUGGGAGUGGACUAAAGAGUGUGAGGCGGCCUUCAGGAAACUGAAGUAUGCUUUGGCACACUAUGAGGUUCUUAAACUUCCUGAUCCUAAUAAGCCAUUUGUCGUGACUACAGACGCCAGCCAAUAUGGCAUUGGCGCAGUCCUUGCGCAAAAGGAGGGGCCCAAGUUGAGACCUAUCGAGUAUAUGAUCAAAAAGAUGCCAUCUCAAAAACUAGCUAAGUCCACUUAUGAGCGUGAGCUCUAUGCCCUGUAUAGAGCGCUGGUUCAUUGGAGACAUUAUCUCCCAGGCAGAUUCUUCUAUGUGAGAUCUGACCAUGAAACCUUGCGCUGGAUCAAGACACAGCCCAUGCUCUCUGAUGCACUCAAGAGAUGGAUACAAGUGAUAAACAUGUAUGACUAUCAACUUGAUCCAAUCAAGGGAGAGUACAACAAAGUGGCUGAUGCGUUAUCUCGUCGGGCAGAUUAUCAGGGCGCUGAUGGCGGAAUGAAGAAUGGCGCUGAGCCAGGCUGGCAUGCUGCUGCCCAGCUGGUGAUCAACAGUGGAUGGGAGUUUGACGUAUCAGUCUGCAAAGUGAUGCAAGGGCACGUUGACAUGAGAAGUCACUUGCAGUCACUGGCAGACACUGGCAGUCACUGGCAGUCACUGGCAGACACUGGCAGUCACUGGCAGUCACUGGCAGUGGCAGUGAGUGGCAGUAACUGGCAGUAACUGCAGUAGCUGCCAAGAACUGGUAGUACCUGGCAGUAACUGGCAAAGAGCUGGUAGUGCCUGGCAGUAACUGGCAGUAGCUGGCAAAGACUGGCAGUAAUUGACACCUACACACAGUAACUAUCUGCAGGCAGUAAUUAGUAAUUACUGGCAGGAAGCUUGGCAGCUGGAGGCACAAAGUGUUGAGAUCUGCAGCUGCUAAGCACUAACUUGGCAUUUACAGCGCAGUAACUGUUUUGCAGUAGGAAAGGUUUAGACUCUAGAGACUGCAGCUCGAGGGAAAGUGUUGCGUACUUACUUUGGGGGGAGCGCAUCGCAGUAGGCGAGUAGCCCGCCCACAUUUUUCCAUUUACAGUUAGUAAAUGGAGGAAACCUUAUCCACAUUAACGACAGUAACUGGCAUUUUGCCAUUUACAGUUAGUAAACUGGGGCAGUAAAUGGAGGACACCUGCCUACAUGUUGCGACCAGCUGUGGUUGAUGUGGAUGAGGCCGGAUGUGGCUAGUAACCCGGUGUGGCAGGCCCUGCAAGAGUGCAGGCCAUCAGCAGGCAAUCUGCUUGCCAUUUACGGUGUUGAGAAAUGUCAGGACACUACAGUUAGUCGGUACGUACAAAUGGACUGGAGACAGUGGAGAGUAUGAUACCUAUUGUAGACUGCAAAGGGUGCUUGGAAGGGAAGAUCCUAUGCCGGGUGUUCGACCCUGGACUCUGGAUUAUCUAGAAGAAUCUUGGUCGUUGGAUGCAGAGCUUGUGUGGCACUCAGGCUUAUUAUGUGUCUGGAUCAACUAACAGCACCGGUGAUCAGAGCAGCCUGGUCUGAUACACAGUCGUUGGCUGCACCCAAAGGUCCAUUGGAUUUUCUAUCUGACGGGGACGGAGAGUUUGUGCAGGGCCUCCUGAAAUGUGGCGAGAUUGACAAUUGCCAUCCUCGUCGUUCGGCCAAACUAUCGCUGUUGGUUAAAAAAAGGGACAGACCUUUGGGUGCAGUAACUAUCGCUGUCGGUUAAAAAUCGGACAGACCUUUGGACCUUUGGGUGCGGUAAAAUUUGUCCAACAGGUCCUUGUGGUGGUUAAGGUUAUAGAGUCAUAUAUAGACUUUUAGUAUGGGAUGGUCGUCCGGAAGCACAGCUGAGAAGGAACAGAUUUGAGGCCAGGUGCGGAGGAACAGAUUUGAGGCGAGGUGCGUGUUCACGCCCAAAUUUCCACAG